UCACAUAUUACGUGACAAAGCGUCAUAGGAAAUCCCCAGGUUUCGCUUACUGGUUAACCUUUAGCGAUGCACCAAGAUGUAAUCACUAAACGAAAUAAUCGCGGAUGGUGAUGAACGGGUCAAGCUAUAAGAAACCAGCAACUAACAGAGCUUGCCAAAUACUUGUUCAAUCACCGGGAAUGGCAUCGGCGCGGGCGAUAAAGAACUGACUAACGUCAGCGAUCUCUCUUCUAUCUGCCUAUUGGGAUCAUUGCGACGAGAAAAGGAGAGAAAUAGCUGUUCGCAUUGUGGUUCUCAACUGCGCGUCUUGGAUGACAGUUCGUAUAGUUCAAAGGAUCUAGUACGAUCUAUCCCAACCUUCCUGCCUUCUGGUAGACUACCUACUGACAGACUGAACAGACACAUUUUUCCAAGAACUUACAUUCGACAUUUUGAUGGAACUGAUUCUAAGAAUAGCUCCCACAUUCAGACAUUAAAAUACAUCAUUUAUAACAGUGAGUGCAAACCCAUUUUUACGAAAUAAUCUGAGCCUCUAUAGACUUGCACUAUGUAAUAAACUGAAAGGAAACGCAAUCAAAAAACGUCACCAUUGGAUUAUUUGUCUGUCUGACUGUAACAGACAAUUUAUGUAAUUAAUAUUUUUAUGUAUCUCUGCUAACGUUUUACAGUUUUAUAUAAUAAUAAGAUCAUCUUGCAUGUCAUCACAUGUUUGUAUUGGGUGGUAACCAACUCAGAUGACCGUGAAUGGUCGUAUCGUUACCACCCAGUUAUCUACCAAAAACUUUUGAUUCACUUAUUUAAAAUAAAAAUAAAAUAAGUUAUUUUAAUAUUAUUUAUAUAUUAUUUGUUUUCUGGUUGACGAAAUAACAAAUUGACUCUCUAUGUAGCCUAUAUGCAAAAUUCCUGAAGCAAUCUUCUUUUGCUUUAAUAAUAUGAAUAAUAUAUACUUUUAUAUUAAUAAGUUUCAUUUUUGCAGAUAUAGUUUUAAGAGUGUGAUAAAUAAUUCCAAUCAUUAUUGACAAAAAAUAAAUUUAUUCAAAAAGGUUUUGACUUGUUCAGGAAUGUGGAACAAUAUUAUUGAGCACUGAUGGCACAAGCCCAGACUGAGGGUAAAAACAUUGAAAAAACUCAAGCAUCUGAAGAAUUUAGUCUGUUACAAGCCAGCAAUCCGGACAGCAUUUUGCAAAAUAGCUCAUGGCCGAAACAAGAUGAUAUUCCAUCAUAUACAAGUACUGUCGAUUCAACAAGGCCAUCCUUCGCUGACGAAAAUUGGGAUAGUAACCAAAUUUUCGCAUCGCAUCACGCUCUUCUGACUGCAUAUGCAAGAGUUACAAAGAAACUAUCAGACGCAGAAGAACGAAAUAAACAAUUUCAAAUGCAGAAUAGUGUUCGAUCACAAGAUAAUUUUCGAAGUGCCAACAUGUCUGGAGCUUCUCAAACAAACUCCCAAACAAAUUUUGCAAUGCCACCGGACAUUGAGGCAAGUGUCAACCAAGCAUGGGAAGCAUAUAAUGAAAAAUGUAAAGAAUGCCAACAACUUCGAGAGGAAUUAGAAAGAGUUAAACAACAAAGUGAAAAUUCAGAUCAUUUCAGCCGAAUACAUAAUCUUCAAGAAGAUGUACUUCGAGAGAAAGCAAAACAAGAUGAUGUUGUUCGAAAACUUGAAAAAACUAAAAUGGAAGCAGGUAAUCUUGAGAAAAAGGAAAUCAUGGCCCGUGAGGAACUUGAAAAAGAAAGGGAAUAUCAAAGAUCUUUGAUUCAAAGUGCAGAGAAGAAACACAAAGAAAUGGAGCAAAGAAUAGCAGAGUUAGAAGCUAAUGUAAAAAAUGAAAAAAACCUGACAACUGAUUUAAGAAAACGAGAAAAGGAUUAUCAAACAGCAAUCGAAGAUGAAUUCAACAAUAAAAAAGAAGCAUUUGUUUUGAAAAUUCGUGAAUUGGAAGAAGAUAAUAUAAGAUUGAAAGAGGAAGUGUCUCUAUUGGUAUCAAUGCGUUCACCAUCGUACAAUGGACCAACAACAUCAAACAUGAACGUUAAUGGACCUGUUGGUACAAUGUUAAAUAGUGGUUCAUCGGAUCAGGACAACAAUAACCAAGAUGCAUUGAUUCUUUGUUCCGAUGUUCAAAUAAUACGAGGAGAGUUGAAUGAUUUAAAAACAAGAGCUGCUGAGCAGUCUCAUAUAUUAUCAGCUUUAUUCCAGAAUCCUAAAUUUUUGAAAAUACUUCGCUCUGUUGAUCAUAUGCAAAAUAAUCCAGAAAACGUACAAACCCCUUCAAAUGCUAGAAAUGGCCCCUCAGGUGUUCCAGUGCAAUGCAGUGAAGAGUUAUCUAAUAAACGAAAGAAGACUACUUCACCGAAAAACGGAAAUGCAUUCUUAACUCAUCAGAAGGGAAGUAUGGAUGGUUUUCCACCAAAUGAUGUUCGACAUGUUAUUGGUUCUUCACUGCCAAGUUCUCAUCACGAGUCAUAUGGUCCGACUACAACAAAUUCAGACUAUUUUUUACAUUCUCGGCAAAUGCCUUUGAGAUCUCAAGAGGAAACUCCAAUUUCUACAAACGCAACAGUUAUUUUGAAACCAACGGAAGAAUUUAUUCGUGGUAUAUCAAAGGAGAAUGAAAUGAAUCGUAAAACUGGAAGACCGCCACCAAGAAACGAAAGUUUUGAAUAUAAUACUUUGUUUCCUCCAAUGACUGUUGCACGAGUAAUUCACAACCACGAAUCUGGGCUACAAGAUUCGAAUCCAAUGAUUUCAAGACCUGGAACUUCUGAAAAUUUUAGUGAUGAUUUUGUUGCAAUACCAACACCCUCACAACAUAUUCCAAACAGCAUUGGUGCGACCUCCAACACUGCUACAGGAGUACAGUAUACUCAAAUGUUUAAUGGAAACAUUGCAUCACAUAUUCAUCCUUUUUCAAACGUGCAGCAGCCUCCUCUCCUUCAUAAUACUGGACAAAACUCAUUGCCGCCAGCAGAUCUGGACAGCAAUCAAUUUUAUUCAACAAAAUCAUCAUCUUCUCUAUCAGAUAAUGAUACAAUGAUCGUAUCAUCUACUGUUCAACCUACAAACCCCUUUUAUCAGGAUAUGGAAAUAGGGGACCCAAGGACUAUGCCUGCAACAUCUCUGAAUAGAAUGGCUGCAGACCCCUCUCUUAAUCCAAAUAUAGAUAACAAGAAUCAGUCUUUAACAACAGUAAAAGAUUUAAUGGAUUGGGGUGCUGUUAACACGCAAGAAACGAGGCCUCCUCAACUCAGUGCUCAAUUUAGAGCAGGAGAUAAUUCUCACGCGACUCCUGGUAAUCGUUAUAUUUCAUCAGAUGAAGAUAAUGAUAGCGAUAUUACUCCUUUUCAACCAUUGCAAAUCCGGGACUCAGACGGGCAUCAACCUAAGGAGUUUGUUGUUCCAAAGGUGGUGCAUGCGUCUACAUUAGCUGCGACAACACAGAAUAGAAAAGCGUUUCAAGAUUCAAGAUAUACUGUUCCUCCUGCUGAAGUACCACUGAGACCACCUAUUAGGGCCAAGAAUGAGCAGCCUUCGAAUUUAAAUCAGUCUGCAUCAUCAAGAACGAACAAUCGACCUGAAAAUGGAGGACCAGCUUUACCUCAUCAAUAUCCACCAACGGGAAAUAACAUUAAUAAAGGAACAAAGAGAAAUUUAGAAGACGGUAACGUCAAAACUUGUCCAAUCUGUAUGCAAGUAUUUGGUGCAGAAUGGUCCGAAGACAGAAUGAAUAGACAUAUAAAUAAUCAUUUUAGCGACGACGAGAAUGAUGUCUUAGUUCUCGAUUAGUUAAAACAAAUUGUUUUUAUUUGUUAUUUCUGCGGAUAUAGUUGAAUGAUAAUUGUGCUGGCAAUUGUACCAUAAAAUAUAGUAUAUAUAAAUAACUUUUUUUAUUGGAAAAUCAAACGUCUUUGCGUUGUUUAUAUUUAAAUAUUACAUGUGUUUAUCGCAUUGGAAACUAGCAGUUUUUGAUAGGAAGAAAUUAAAUUUGAAAUGUGUAUUUUGGUAAACUCUGUUAUUUGGGUAUGACUUAAAUAUACCCCUAAGAACAGAUUUGAUUAUGAAGUAUAUUUCACUUCAUUAUGUCACUUAUUUAUCUCAACUCUAUAAAUGACAUUUAUAGGCCUAUAUAAUUUUUAUCUUCUAUUAUAGUAUAUGUAGUACUCCAUACCUUGGAACCAAUUGAUUAAUGUUAUACAUGACUAGCAAGCGGGAAAGACGAACUGGUUUUUCAUGCAAAUAUAAUUCCUUUACCUCGGAAUCAAUUUGAAUCGUAUUGCACAUUGUGCCAGAUUUGUGUUUCUAAAAUGUGGCAUCAAUGCAUAUGAGCAAUAAUAAUUUUUUAUAUUUUUAAUCAGUGUAUUUCUUUAUGAUCAUGUCGAUCAGUCUGUUAGAAUAUGGUUCGCAUAUAUGAAUUGACCAUUUCUCGCAAAUUCUUUUUUGUCUAGUUUAUGUAUAACCUUCAUGGAACUAGAUACUGGUAGAUUAUGUUGAUACGAUUAUCUAUAAAGUUUUUAUUCACAAAUAUAUUCAAUUUCUUCUGAUUUCUCUUCUUUUUCGCACUGUUGAUGGUGUUUUCAAACUUAUGUGAUGAGGUUUAUAUUGUUUCCUAUUAAUGUUUGCUUCACUGACUUUUUUAAUUGUCAAUUCCACGCAAUACUAAUCAUUCUAUACUUAUUGAAGCAAGUUUCUCCACCAUGAGAAAUAUACAUUUGUAUUCUCGAAAUCAACAUCUACGAGAUAUAACGUUCGUACAUCUGGAAUCUUGAACGGUAUCUAUUCCUAUAAUUGAUCUGGACUGUCGACCAGACUGAGUAUGGUGGUGUGGCAUAUGAUUAAACUCUCUUCGCAACCUUCAGCCAUCCUUAGGAAUUUAAAUCCAACAUUUUUUAGGAAAUAUAUUGAAACCUAACCUUUUUUCUCUCACAAUGGUUCACAGGGUAGUAAGUAAUUUCUUGUUGGUAAAAUUGAAAUUGACUCGAUAUUUCUUAUACUCCAAGUCCAAACGACUGUUUUGUUGGUAUCUUACCAUAUAUAUCAUACAUUUUCUGUGUUUUCAUAUUUUUUGAAAAUUUAGUAUACAAGUGAUGAAAUUUUGAAACCCAUACUGACAAAGCUUAAAUGCUAUCGUUGCUGAGGGAAACACAGUCAAUGCAUAGCGCUACAUUUCUGAUCUAAUUUUGGUCAAUUAUGGAAUCCCUUUUUAUAAAUAAUCCUUGGCUGAGCUCUGAGGCACACUGUUAGAUUUCAAUAUACAAUUUUGGCUCCAACCAAGUCGUUAAAGCAUUUUCUUGCUCAGAAUAUAUGAACAUUAUUGGUAUGUUCUUCUGACAGUACUGCUAGCCGUCAUGUUUUUUUAAAGUAAAUUGUACAUUUUCUUUACCAAAUUUUCAAUAGUUUUCAUUUUUAAGUUUCAUUUUAUAUUUCUAUUAAUUAAACUUUAAUGCCUGGUGGGCCAUCUAUUUAGAUAUUAUCUUACGAUGAGAAGGCAAUGGAUAAAUAUGGUAACUACACUAUUCGUAUGAGUGAUGUCGACAUUUCUCAUAUGCCGUACAAAUAACUGUAAAUUCGUAAAUUUACUACGAUUUUAUGCCUUUCUUUUUGACAGGCGCCCCAUGCGGCUAUUUUACUGAUACUACUAUUACUUUUUUUUGGCAGCAUAAUUAUUGUUAUAUUCUAUUUCCCUAAAUAAAAAUAUGAUUUGAAACAU